AUGUGGAAGAAAGAGCUGUGGCCUGACACUAUGAGCUUCGCCCUCGUGCACUGUGUUAUUGUGUACAAAUAUAUAAACUUAAAGAAGACCUGGGAUGAUGCUCGUGAGUACUGCAGGGAGCGCCACAAGGACCUGGCGAAGUUGGAAAACACAGAAGAAGUGAAGAAGUUACAGAUUCCCUCUGGAAACACCGCCUGGAUCGGACUGUUUGAUGACCCCGCCUCCUGGAAGCAGAUGACCUCUGAGUCCAACUCCUGGAGAUGGUCUUCCACUGGGACCACCAGCCCGGGACAGUACCAGAACUGGAACAAUGUCCAACCAUCAGGCCUUAAAGAGUACUUCCGGAUCACUUCCCUAAAGUCCUGGUCCGACUCUCAGUCCUACUGCAGACAGAACUAUCAGGACCUGGCCACGAUCCAGACCUCUGCAGAAACCCAGGCAGUGAAGGAUCUUCUCCCCUCCUCAUCAUCCAUAGUCUGGAUUGGUCUGUACCGGGUCUCCUGGAGGUGGUCCGACGGCAGCCCCAGUGCCUUCAGGAGUUGGUCAACAGGGGAGCCAGGCAAUUCAGGAGGAUCAGAGCACUGUGGUUCUCAGUCGCAGUCCUAUGUUUGGAGUGACGCCCCCUGUCACUUUAAAUACAAGUUUGUCUGCCACGAAGUUGCUGAGAUGAGACCCCCAGCUCUUCCUCCUUCACUGCCCACGGCCUCCUCAGGUUUGAGGGUUCGCUCCUGGUGUUUCCGGCUCUUGGUAUUUCGUCAGGUGUGGCUUUGGUGGUCAGAUUCUGACCCCCUGAACAAUUUAGUGGUGGAUGACAGCUGUAAAUAA